ACACACACACACACACACGCACACUCCAGCACACACACACACACACACACAACCACACGCUCUGGGUGUAUGGAGAGGGAAGGCGUACUGGUACAGACACAGCUUGCAGACGGGGAUGUGGCAUCCAUCUUGACAAAGCACAACGUGCUCCAGCACGUUGCACUUGCAGACGCAGCUGCGGCACCAACACACGACCAAGACCAGGCGGCACAAGUCGGCCGCGCCGCCCACGCGUUGGACGGCGCCUUGCUCAAGGCUUUGAAUCAAGAUGGCCUCAGCUACCUGGAAAGCUACGUGCGACCCUUCCCAUCAACAGAGCCGCCGCUGCUGCAUGUCAUGGUCCGCGAAUGGAUCGCCCGCAGCGCACCAUCCCACAUGACGGCGCUCGCCAGCAAGCUGGAUGCCAUGCGAUCCCUGAACGUGCACACGCGCGCGCUGGCGCAGACGUACGGCGUGCCGUUUAUCCCACUGGCAGCGGAGCUCAUUGGCGAAGAUGUGCUGCAGCUCUUCGCCACCAUGUCUAGCUCGGAACUGCGCUCGGUCAUGGACAUGCUCUCCAAUGAUCAGCCCAUCAUGCUACCCACCCCGGCAGUCGCAGACAGGCACGCCACAACCCCGCCCUCCCUGACAGGCAAAGACGUCAAGCUCAGAUACGCCGUCUUUCGGCAGGUGGCACAGUCCCCAGAAGCCAGAGCGUACGCUCGCCAUCUUGCUGCCUGCACAGACGCGGUCGACGCUCAGGAGCGUACCGUGGCUUCAGCACUGCGUGCACUCACCGGCGACACCCCACAGCAGUGGAAGCACGCUCAGCAUGAGCAGCGGCAGCAACACGCUGUCACAGCCCGCGCAUCGUUUGUCCCCAACACCGUUUCAGCACACCCUACGUCCUCUCUUGCCAUUGUGACCACACAACAGCACGCAAUAGCAACAACAACAGCUUCCACCCACAGCACAGCCACAGAUCUUGGGGCGGCAUCCCAGUCCACCUCAUCUCUGGAGCACCGGAAGCAACCAGCACCAUCACCAACAAACGCCGCUCGGAUCCUGCUGCUGCGCUACUUUGCCGAGAAGCACCGUGCUGCGCCCCAGCCGGCCUCCAGCACGACAACCAAGUCCUCUGCUUCCUACCCCACAUCAUCACCAUCACCAUCAUCGUCGUCGUCGUCGUCGUUGUCAACUGCAACGUUCUCGGCGUUGCACACCUCGCUAUCGUCCCUCGAUCCCGUGAACACCCGGCCGAGUCUUGUGUUUGCACAGCCAGUCGCUCUGUUGGGGCACGCCAACAUCAAGUGGGUAGUAGUCUUCUCGCACCCACUCCUGCCCAGCAUCACUCCAAGGGCGAUCCUGGAUCGCGCACGUGCGCGCAUAUCUGCCUGCCUCGCGGCAUAUCCUUCAACGCAAGGCGAUGGCCUGCUUGUCUUCGACGGCUUCCCUGCCAGCCGUGACAUGGGGGCGUUUCUUUCCAGCAUCCCCGGCGCAGCAGAGCGUGUGGUGUGGGCAAGCUUCUACAGACACCCCACAGCUAAUGCUGAAGUCACUGGCCCUUCAACUAGCUGGCAGCCUACUCCGAGCAGCCAUACUAACCAGCACCUUUGCAACCACCAGCAGCACCACCAACACACUGUCACCACCAGCACGGCCACUCCCACUCGAGAUCCCGCAGCCGCACGAACAAUACCAGCACCAACAGGAAGUGCUGCACAGAGCACCCCGCUUCUGUUGCGCCCCGGCAGCUUGAGAUCACGCGCACACGCAGCCCACACAGCACAUGCUCCGGCCAUUUCAUCGCCUGCGCGUGCGUCCAUGAUUGUCGGUGGCCGGGACAGCAAGCAGGCAGCUGCUGCCGCUGCCGCAGACGCCUGCUUCGACCUCGCACACUGCAUCCUCUCUCCCAACAGCAACCAACUACGACGACGACAGCAACAACAACAACAACAACAACAACAACAACAACAACAACGAGAGGAAGGGGCUGGAGAGGUUUUCCGCUCGCAGCUGCGCCGUGUUGGUGACAUGAGCAUAUGGUCGCGCGCCGUGUCGGAUGCAACAACUGCCACCUCCCUCGCUGCUAUUCUUGUCACGAGGUAUCUGGAUCUGCGUGCCGGUACGCUUGCGUCCACGCCGGCACUUGCACCCCUCGAGACUGCGCUCGCCACCAUCCUCCACCGCCCUGCUGCUGCACACCUGCACGGAAAGCACGCCAGUGCCAGCGCACUGCUCACCAGCAAGACGGUAUCAGCAGCGACGGCAGCGCAAGCGCAAGACAUGUCAGCUGCAGUACCCUCAUCCCCGCUCACGUCUCGAACUGCAAGCAUGGUUGCACACGACUCUGCAAUGAUCAUGCUGGACCAACAACAGCAACAGCAGCAGCAGCAGCAACAACAACAACAACAACAGAAUCAGCAACAGGGUCAGCAACGAGGGGGAAAGCAUCAGUCUGCCGUCUCUGAAUUCUUCGAGUGUCACCUGUCUGCAAACACACUCUUGUCUUCCAUCUCGCUGCUGCUCGGAACAGCAACAGCACUGGCAGCCACGCCGCCGCUUCGGUCCUGCUUCUUGCAGUGGGCAGGUGAGCGGAGCGUGCCUGCAUGCACAGACGCUAAGGAGGAGGGGCGCGUUCUCAAGCGGUUGGGGCAGCCACGCGCCAAAGACACCGUCCCAGCGGUGCUUUGCAAUGUUGGUGACGAGCUGCGAUGUCUGUGGGCGAUGCACACACGUCAACGGGUGGCCCUCCCAUCCAGCCGUCAACAACAACAGCAGCAACAGCAACAGCAGCACAAGCACAGGCAACACAAACAACAGCUUCGUGAUCAACAGAGCCUGUGGCAGAAAGGCGAUCCACAGCGGCAGCAAAAUCUACGGCAUGAGAGGGAAGGAGGGGAGAAAGAGGAGGAAGCACUGCAGAUAUGGCAGGCGCCUGUAUGUGCGUCUUCAGUGCUGCUGGAUGUGGCGCAGGCGGUUGCUGGUGUUGCGGCCUUGCCUCGACCACCGCACUGUCAUCCGCACACUCCACAUGCGGCAGCAACGAGAGCACAAGCCGUGCCAGUGCAGGCGUCAUCCUCCUCCUCCUCCCUCGCACAGCACGGAGCACGCGCAGCGCCCCCGCAACUGCUGCUCUCGCUGCCAAACUACAACUUGCCGCCACUACAUGCUGUGUUCAUGCUGACGAAUGCACUCGCUGCAUGCGCGCACAUCACGGAAACAACGCUGUCCAGAUUGCACCACACGCUGCGGCCGUUGUGUCGCGCAGAUGUGCGGAUUUCCGGUCCAUCUGUCCGCCUUCUGCGACGCAUUGAGGAGGUUGCAUCAUCUCCCUUCUGCCACAUGCUUCGCCGCGCAUGUACGCGCGUGCACGUGUUCAUUGACGUGACAGACGGCUCGGACGCUGUCACAGCAGACGCGUUGCUUGAGCAGCUGUCGUCACGCAUGGCAACACUUUCAACGCGAACAGCAACGGCGGCAGCCGUGCUAUUGCAACAGCAGCAGCAAGGGGAAGAAGGAGAGGAGAAGCGGAAGGACAACGAUGGUGGUGGUGAUGGCAGUGGCAACAGCGUUCGUCCCCAUGCACUCCGUGCGCGUGGGCUGCUGAAAGAUUGCUUCAAGGCUUACACCAAAGACAGUGCAGUGCUCGCGCGGGUGCACACUGCACUUGAACAGGCACCAGCACCCACCGUGUUCCGAUGCUGCCGAGACCUCCUGACCACAAGCGAACAGUGUGCACGGCUGCCGGAAUCGACUGCCCAUGAGCAACUGGCCCACCGACUGACAUCCGUUUUGAAGACGCUGGAAACAGCACAACAAGACGACGGCAGCCACCAAAAACUCGGCAACGAGUGGCGUGCUCUGCAUUCGCCGUUUGUGGUGCAUCGCUUCUCCUCCGAGGACGCGUCUCGCUUUGUUCUCCGUUCACUGCCCACCACAGCUGCUCACGAUGGUGAUCACGAGAGUCGGCAGGGCGGUGAUGAUGGUGGCCAUGAUCCUCUGUCCGGGCAGCAUGAGCGCAUGCUUGUGCACAAGGAUGUGCUGGCGCACAUGACAGCAGCCUUGUGCUCGCGAGAUCGUGACCACUCACACGGCGCCACCACCACGCUUCCGAUGCCUGUGGUCGUGAUCGGAGGGCAGCCUGCCUUGCACACGUGCGCAUCUGCCCUUGCAUAUCUGGCCGUCUCCGCCCCACAAAGCACGCCCCUCUCGCACCUGAAGCUGCUUCCGCUCGACCUUGAACGUGAGCACUGCCGUGUCCAGAACCACGCGGGGCCUGAAGACAGUGCAACCGGCGCAGCAACGCCAAAGAAAACCACGCCGCAGACACCCUCGUCCUCAGCGUCCGUGGUUAGAACACGAGCACGGACACGGACACCAAAGUCCGCAGCAUUACAGCCGCCAUCCACGCCCGCCAGCGCUUCAGUGCAUCACCGUCGCCACACGUACCACCAGCAGCACCACCAGCAAGGAAGGAUUGACGGGCGUGAUGAGGGCAGUGGAGGUGGCCUGGUGCUGACGCUCUCGGGGCGGUCGAAGUCACGCCGCAAACCCAGGACACGGAGCCGGGACGUGGUGUUUGAGCCGACCGUCGAGCACAACCGACCGCAGCAGCGACGAGGCUCCAUGCACGCCCUCCUGAACAUGGUUACCAGGCGACGCCCUGGGCGGGCGAGUGGCGGUGGCGAUGGUGAUUGUAACACGGAGACACAUGUUGGCGCUGACGGCGACGGCUCCAGCACGCCACCACCGCCAAACCCGCCCGGCAGCACCAGCAGCGUUGGCGACAACAGCAGGAGCGCUCGUGGCGCAAAUGAUGGUCAUCGUACAUCGUCAGGCGCCAGUGGAGCGCUGGGGAAAACAGCGGCAGUACCACCGGGUGCAGAACCAAAGCGGGCGGGGGAGCGGGGCGAGCACAAGGGUGGCAUGGACCUGCGGCGCAACCAGACGUGGGCCGGGUACCUCGAUUCAGCAGCGACAGGCGCCAGUGAGGGCUCCCACGAUCAAAACACGGUUGCUGCGGAUGUGUGCGCCAACAUGAACGAUGCAACCAUGAGUGGCGCGGAAGAUACCUCCGCUGUUCUUGAGUUGGAGGAUGACGGUGUUGUGGCAUCGACUCCUCACGUCACAGCAUCACCCACACGUGGAUUCAUUGCCAACAAGGGCUGUCGUGUGACAAGCGCUGCAACAGCAGCAAUACCCGAAACAGCAGCACCGCCGCCACCAUCAUCCACAACAGGGGGGAUGGCUGCCAAAACGAGGACGCCAAGAAAGUCGGGCCCCAGUGCACAUCCACAAACUCUCACAUCCAGCUUGCAGGACAACGACGAUGUGCUGCUUCAUGGCGCUGUGCACGUGAGCAAGGCUGCGGAGAAGGACGAGCGGCCGAGUGCGUGGUCGCUGAUGUCGACAUCACAGCAGCGCCGCGGUGUGCACAAUGAUGACGGUGAUGUGCAGGACUCGCGAGUUGCGCUGCCAAGCUGUGCGAGUGGCGGAGACGGUGAAAUCUGCUGGCACUGCGUGCUGUGUGCGCAGAGUGAGUGGUAUGCGAGGGAGGUUGUCGGCACGUCUCGCCAGCUGCUGGCUGCCACAAUGGCGCUGGACAUUGUGCGGGCUUGUGAGCCCGAUGAUGAUGCGAGCGCUGCCGGCGCACGUGGUGGGGACACCCCUGCAUGGAACCAAACAGCUGACGAUGGUGGUCGUGGUCGUGGUGUACGUGGAUGUGGUGGUGUUGAGCAUGGUGUUGACGGCGGAGGACGCAACGACCCCGUCUCCCUCUUCUCGCGCGUUGUGCUGCACUACGUACACGACACCUUUGCGCGGGAGCAUGUGCCUGUGUUCCUGGCCAGCGUCGAUCAAGCUGACGGUUGCGGCGCGCCCUGGGUGCUACCGUGGGUGAGCGGUGUGACAGUGAGCGUGAGCGGGUCAGGAAGUGUAGCGGAUAGCACUGCCACCACCACGGCAACAAGGAGGAAGCACCGGCACACCACAGUGGCGGCGGCGGUGGAAAGCAGCAAGACGAGCGUGCAGCUGCGCAUUGAUGUGAUCUGUCGAGAUGAGGCAGGGAAGCUGCAUCGAUUCCACACGCCGUCGCCGUGUUCUUGUGCGUCAUUGAGCGUGUGCCCCGUGCAGGGUGGUGAAGGCGAUGGGGUUGCGCCACGCGAAGGGCAUCUGCGCCUGCAGCUGUGCCUACAAGACGGGCAGACUGCCAGCAUGGAGGUGCAUGAGCUGGGGCUGGAGGUCGUUGAAGACGCGGCACAGGCAGGGCGGCAGGGGCGCGAGGAUGGAUUCUCGGUUAUGGUUGAUGGUGUCCAUUGCGUUGAUGGGGUACGCCGCUUGUUGUUGACACCGUUCAUGACCAUGCAGGCGCAUGGUGGUGGUGGCGAUGGUGAUGGUGGUGGUGAUGGUGGUGGUGAUGGUGGUGGGCUGACCACGCGCCCUCCUUUGGUGUUUGCGCCUGCUCAGUUUCAGUUGCCUUUUGGACGCUUCCACUCCGACCUCGACUGACCUUGUGUGUGUCUGUGUGUGUGUCUGUGUGUGUGUCUG